GGAGGAGGAGGAGGAGGAGGAGGGGGGGAUAAGCAGCACUGCAACCCCGGCUUCGCUUCACAUCGGAGGCAUCUAUCGUGAAAACCCCGCGAUGGCCGUGGUGCAGCUCGAGAGCGGGGACCACCAGCCGGAGAACGGCUUCGUGUCCCCCGACACCACCUCCCCGGGGCCGCUCACACGCAUCGACGGCUCCGUCCUGCCCUUUCUCGGGGGAUUUGGGAAGUACCAGAAACAGCUGAUCGUGCUGACAUGGAUUCCGGCGUUGUUCAUCGGAUUCAGCCAGUACUCGGACAAUUUCCUCCUCGCGCAGCCGAACAACACAUGCAUCCAGCCGCUGGCCAACCACAGUAAUCAGAGUACCGGCGGCUACUCCUCGCUGCUGGACGCGCCGAGAAACGCCAGCGCGCGCCCGGCGUCUAUUUACGCCAAUGGGAGUUACGGCGGAUUCGGCUCCGGCGGCCAAAAUGACAGCACGAGCACGCAGUGUCGGUGCAGUAACUGGACCUUCGAGCUGCACACCGGGCUCGUGCAAAACGUGGUCACGAAGUGGAGUCUGGUGUGCGACUCGGCGUGGAAGGUGCACAUCGCAAAGUUUUCCCUCCUGGUGGGAUCCAUCUUUGGAUACCUGGUGUUUGGGAUACUCGCCGACUGGUUCGGCCGACACCCCGUGCUCAUCAUAUCGGUGCUGUUCAUGCUGGUGUUCGGGCUGACCGUGGCUUUUUCCGUCAACGUGCCCAUGUUCAGCACGCUGCGCUUCUUUGAGGGCUUCUGCCUGGCGGGGAUCACGCUCUCGCUCUAUGUCCUCAGGAUUGAGCUGUGCCUGCCAGGAUGGAGGUUUUCCAUGACCAUGGUGGCCAAUUUCGUAGUUCUGGGCGGACAGCUGCUGAUGCCCGGUGUGGCGUACCUCUGCCGUGACUGGCAGGUCCUUCAAGUCAUCAUCAUCUGUCCCCUGGUGCUCAUGCUGUCCUACAUUUGGAUCUUCCCUGAGUCACUGCGUUGGCUGCUGGCCACCCAGCAGUACUGCCGCUCCAAGUGGAUCAUGGGACACAUCGCCAAGAAGAACCGAGUCAACAUGGAGCUGGACGCCGACAACAUCCUCACAGAACUGCAGCAAGCUCUUCAGAAGAAGCCCAAAAAGACGUGCAUCGUGAAAAUGGUGGGGACCAGGAACCUGUGGAAGAACAUCGUCGUCCUCUGUGUCAACUCGCUGACAGGAUACGGGAUCCACCACUGCUUCGCCCGCAGCAUGAUGGACCAGGACGCCCAGGACACCACCAUGUUCCACAGCUUCUACGUCGACUACUACACCAUGGCGGGCAUCGCGGUGGCGUCGUGCAUCGCGCUGUGCCCGGCGGUCGGCCUGAUGGGCCGGCGCGGCGGCCUCCUCAUGUUCAUGAUCAUCACCGCUCUGGCGUCGCUCCUGCAGCUGGGUCUGCUCAACUUGCUGGGGAAGUACAGCGUCCACCUGAACAUCGAUAGCUCUGACACACUGAACAAGAACUUCUCCAUCGCCUUCUCCAUCAUCGGUAUGUUCUCCUCCCACGCGGUCAGCAACCUGAGCAUCUUCUUCUGCGCGGAGAUCACGCCCACCGUCAUCAGGGGGGGCGGUUUGGGCCUGGUCCUGGCCAGCGCCGGCUUCGGCAUGCUGACCGCGCCCAUCAUGGAGCUGCACAACCAGAAGGGCUACUUCCUCCACCACAUCAUCUUCGCCUGCUGCACGCUCAUUUGCAUCAUCUGCAUCCUGCUGCUGCCGGAGACGCGCUACCAGCCACUCCCCGAGACGCUGGCGGACGGGGAGAGCUACACCCGGCAGCCCCUGCUCCCCCCCAGGAAGCCCGGGGAGCAGCGCCUCCUGCUGGCGCCGUCGGAGAGCAGCAGGGACUACACCAGGGUGCACGACACGCCGCUGCACGAGGCGGCGGCCACCGCCGUGUCCACCAUGGACUCCACUGCCUCCUCGGCCGUGGAUCUGACCGCGCCGUCAGCCGGAGACAUGGCGGGCGUCGCCGUGAUGGAGAUGCAGACGAGCAGGCCCGAAGCCAAAGACCCCGACGGCCGCUCGGUCGCGUCUUCGUCCGCCGCCCCGCCGGGUCGAGACGGCGUGGUCCACGCCAGUAAAGAGCAUCUCCUGUCUUCCACUCCUCUGCACAAAGCGCCGAGCGUCACGGACCCGCUGUUGGCCGACGCGGAGGAGCCUCCUGCCAUCGUCCUGGAGUCCAUCGGACCGCUGGAGGCCUCAGAGCUCCCCGAACUGAACCACGCCGCUGCGUCUCCUACGGGAGAAGCCGGCGACGAGCCUUCCCCAGACCCCUCCCCUCCUCCCCCCGCCCCUCAGACUGUACCCGCUUCUUUAGUAAUCUGCACCACACCCAUCAUCGAGCCCCCGCCCAGCUCCACGUUAGAGUCCCCGAACCCACCGGGCGAAGAGGUGCACCCUCCCGGUUCUUUACCCGAUUCCCCUUCUCCGUCUGUGCAUGAGAGCCCCCCUCCUUCUCCCUCUCCUCCUCCUCCCGCUCCCUCUCCUCCUCCUCCCGCUCCCUCUCCUGUUCCUGUGACGGACUCGGACCCCCCCGCCCAGCCCCCUCCUCAUCCUUCUCCUCCCCCACACUCUGACAUUCCUAUUCACUUAGAAAAUGUAGAUGAGCCCUCGUCUACUCCUCCCGUUACAGACUCCCAGCAGCCUCAGUUAGAUCUUAACGACACGUCCGCAGAUCCCUGCGGCCCCCCGAGCCCCACCCCCGAUUCGCCCUCACCCACACCCCCUCCACCCAUGGAGGACCUCUCCGCCGUCAACACCACCGCCCCGCCUUCCACUACCGUCCCCGUCACAGACAUUGAGCAUCCCUCCACCCCGGAAACAACCACUCCGACCGUCACGGACGUUUUAGCAGAUUCAGAUUGCGCUCCCCCGGCGCCGACGCCCACAGAGGCCACGCCCUCCUCUCUGCUGGACUGCACCGUGUCCUCCCCAAUAGACUCUGGUGUCCUCUCCCUCGAGGACAAUAGGGACAGCGCCAGCACGGAAAGCGGCGCCGUCAACGGAGCGGCGUCGUCGUGAUCCAGCGCCGCGGCCCGGAGAGCGAAGCUUUAAGUGUUGCAGCCAGAGGCAGCCGGCGAGGCCCGAGAGGUGACCGAUGGGGGGGCAAGAGGGUGUGCCGCUAGGACUUCAGGUGCUUAAAGAAGACGGAUCCCACCUGGAGUCGAGCGGAAGUGUGUUACAGAGCUGCUGAAUGUUUCUCAAACGUCCCCCCCCCCCCCCCCCCCCCCCCCCCCCCCCCCCCCCCCCCCCCCCCGCCCUCUUCGUGCGUUCAGCCAAUGAAAGCAGGCUGGUUUGUGACAGUGUGACAGGAACUGCUGCUCUUCAUGAAUGUCACUGGAAAUCACCAGCGUGUAAAACUGCUCGGGUGUAAAUGAGACGGGAGGAAAACCACUGUUUAUGAAGAGACUUCACAUUCUAUCCACAAUCAUUGACAUGUGUCAUCAGCACUGGUGAAAAGGUGCGAAUAUCAAGAAGAAAAACUAAAAAAAAAAACCAGGACAACAGCUGGUAUCUUUGCUCCAGUUUAAUGUCAAUAUCAUGAAUUUGUGUGUCUGAUUUCUUAUGCGGACAUGAAAUCGGAACUAAACAAUCCAAAUUUUAAGUGACUCCUCUAAAUAAAAUGCCAAAAUUCUACCCUGACCAAAUUUAUAAAUAGUGCCAAAAAUUCCGAACCAUCAGCAGUGCUGUGGGACUGCUGCUCACUGCUGCCCCCUGCCAGAAGCUGGCGUGUGGAUUGAAUCGGAUCUUUUUCCAAAUUUUGGGAAAUUUGACGUAAAGCAAAAAAUGAAUCGCUUCUGUCAACACGUGGUUGCGAGCAGUGACACACUCUCGAAAAACAACGACCCGCGUUUUUUGUCGGUCCGAGGAGAAACUUUUAUUUUUCCAGUCAUUUCAGCCAAUGAAAUCGAUGGUAUGUGAGCGCUUCUUGUUUUGUGAAUGUGAUCAUGUAAGUAAAUGGAUAAUUAGUCGUUGAGCUUGAUUCCUUUUUUUUUUACUGUUUUUUUGAAAAUCAAAGUAUUAUUUUGGAAUAUUCUCACAUGGCGUGCCCUUAAUUGUACAGAGCUAGACUUCAUUCUUACAGUGUUUGUGGCACCUCGGUGUGGUGGCACUUCUUUUUUCCACCGCAGGGACGGAGCAUGUUUAUUGUGAGCGUGAUAACAAACACAAGCAAAAAAAAACAAACAGAACGGUACAAAACCAUCUGAUGUGAUCGCUAACCGUCGCAACAUCGCUAAUAUUUGUUUUUUCCAAAUGGUAAUAAAUGCGUUCACCUUGACAAUAAUAAUAAUGCAAUACAUGAUACAAAAACCUGUCCAGAGAGAGAAGUGGCUUUCAAAGUAUGCAGUAGGCCGCCUCUAGGGGGCACCACAGGGCAAAUCAGGGGGUUCGGGGGGACGCCGUUUCCUAACAUGACUGUUGAGAGAAUUGUUUUGUUGAAGCCACAUAGGAAGAAAUCGGUUAGUGUUUAUGCUUGGGGUUCGGUUUAGGCAUUGGCGUUAGGGUUCUUGCCACACUUUGAAACCCUCUGAUUUCUAAUAACCUGAAAUAAUCAAACUCUGGUCAAAGGAAGCAUUUUGCUUCCAAAGCUCGAGUUCCUCUGUGAAAACUCAAUAUACUUGAAUGUGAGUAACUUGACUUCAUGCUUCGGAGGAUUAAAAAAAAAAAAAAAAAAAAA